AGUGUUAAUACCAACAAAAAAAGUUCGACAACCGCUUUUAGAGCAAACCAACUCUCGUCGCUCGACGCUGCACGCCACCUCAAAUCCUUUCCGCACAUCUCCGUCUUCAUCUUGAGAAUUGGGAUCUUGAAACUAAUUGAAUUACCUAUUCAAUUUACCUAAAUUGAUAAAUCGGUCGGUUUAAAGAAUUCAGUGCGUGUGUGUUCUUGCAAUAAGUUCACUGUGUGCGUGUGGGAACACAUUGUUGGAUUUAUCUUCCAUGGAGAACUUACCGUUUAAAGCUGGACAACUGGCUGAACUAAGGUCUUUUGGCUUUGGUUAUCGUGGUGCAUGGUUUCGAUGCAAGAUUAGAGAGAUCAGCGAGAGAAAUGGAAAACUUGGACAUAUCUCGGAAUAUUAUGACUACACGGAGGAAAAAUUAAAUUGGACUAAGCUAUAUCAGCUACCAAUGGGGAAACCAAAGCGGAAACAUAGCGAAUUGAUGUUGAGGCCACAAUACCCUCCUAUCUAUAAUGAAAAGCAUAUGCCUCACGUCAGUGAUAUCUCAGAAGUCUCAGUUAUUGUUUGUGAUUCCUGGAAGGUUGGUGAUUUGGUGGACUUCUUCCAUACUGGCUGUUAUUGGUGUGGAAGAAUAACACAGUUAUUUGAUGAUGAAAAAGCUGAGAUUGAGCUUAGACCACCACCUCUUGGUGAGGGUUCAUCUUACAAAGCAAGUAUUAAAGAUUUACGCCCAUCUUUGGACUGGUCUCUUCAACAUGGUUGGACAUUACCUUUGCAGGAAGAUGGUUUUGGCCACCCUUGUGCUGCUCGCCUCAUUAAACCCAAUAAUCAAGGCAUUGAAGAUGUUCCGAAGUGUGUUGGAUUGCCUCCUAGAUUGCUGUCCUCUUCGCCCAUUUCGUCUAACUCAUCAACUUCAGGUGAAGUGAAGAGCGCAAGCACAAAUGGAUGUGGAGCUAACCCUAACGAAACAAGGCAAGCAGAUACGGACUCUAGGCAAGGCAUGAAUGAACGCGACUCUCUGAAUUCGAAGCGCUCAUAUACUGUUGAAGCAGGAAUUAUGGAUUUGGAAGAAUAUAUAAUCAAAGUUAAAUGGCUCAAGAAGAUUUUGCAAGAAGGGAUUUCAUCUUCCAAGAAUCAAAGAUCAGAAUGGAAAUUUGUGGAAGUGGAACCCCAUCCUACCUUGGAAAUUCCAAAGUAAAUAAAUCUUGUGGUCCUUUUUAAUUGGAUACACUACGCAUGCACCUCCAUAUGCUCCAAUCCACCAAAGAAUUUUUUUUAGAUAUCAAAAAUAUAACACGUAGUCAGAAUUUGUCUUUUUGAGAUCUCAAAUUUAAAAUUUAGCCCUCCUAAUUGUUUUUGAGCUACCAUCAUUUGCUUAUUCGCUUUGUAUUUGUUGAUGUGUUUAUUGUAGCCGCUGCUAAUGGUCA